AACAAACCAUGCUUCACAUUUUGAAUUUCAAAUUUGAAUGUGCAUGUACCCACAAACAAACGGCCACAUACAUAAAAAACAUAUAACAAUAAUAAUACUAUCAAAUAGAAUCAUAAUAAUAAUUGUGGUAAAGUUUGGAUCUUUUGAGGUUUCGACCUUGCAGUGAAACAUGGGGGACUCAACUUGUCUCAUGCAACAACCAUUCUGUUAUGCUUCCGGCAUUUCCAAUGAAGCCAACGAGAACAACCCCAUUCAUGCACUUGGGCAGUCAAUUUCGUUUGGGAGGUUCAUGUCAGAGUCCCUGGCAUGGGAGAAGUGGUCUAGUUUCUCCCACAACCGCUACGUGGAAGAGGCAGAGAGGUACUCAAGACCUGGCUCAGUUGCACAGAAGAAGGCCUUCUUUGAAGCUCACUACAAGAAACUUGCAGCUCAGAAGGCAGCUGCUUUGCUUGAACAAGCCAACAAUGGGGCACCAAACAAUGCCACAGGACAAGAACAUGAAGGAGUGGUCGACAACGACAACGACAAUGACAAUGAUGCUGAUACUCAUCAUUCACAAAUAAGUCCAAAUUCUGUAAUGGUUUCCAAGGAAGAACAAGAUGCAACAAAGGCUUUGAGUUUUUCUUUUGCCUCUGAGCAUGAUGCCAUGGUCAGACUCACAGCCAGUGAUCAUGAUCCAAAUUCAAGUGUAGAGACAAGUGUUAUUGCACCAGGAAGUGACAAGGUAGUGGGAGCUGAGCCAGUGAUGGAAGAAGUAGCUGCUGUUGUAGUAGGAGAUUCAAUGAAGGUUGAAUGGCAAAAACUGCUUGAAGAUGUUGAUGCACAAAAGGAUCAUAGUGAAAAGCUUAGUGAGAUUGUAACACCUCCAAUUUUGACACCAAAAGUGAAGGUUUCUAUACCUGAUCAAGAAGUUUUGGCUAGUAUGGGCAAGAAGAAACCACCAGUUUCUUCCUUAAAGUUGUCAAAGGCUAAUGGAACCUCCAAGUUCACCUCUACACCUGUCAAGUCCAUAGCUCAUAUUUCUUCCAAAAGAGAUAAUAUUGCUACACCAAUGAGCAAUAAGCCUGCUACAAGCACUGCAGAUAAAAAGAGAUCUACUCCUCUGUCAGUUAAUUUUACUCCCAUUAGAGAACUUAAUAGAUUGACUGCAUCAGUCAUGAGAAAAUUUGAAAGUACAAGAGCUGGUGCUGGUUCUUCCAAGGCUUCAAAGGAUAACUUGACUCCUUUAAAAACUCCAACUAUGGUUUCCAAGGAGGUACAAAAGUAUUCUUCAUUGACCCCAUUAACCGAAAAGAAAAGGAACAAAACACCUCUUGAUUUAUCAUCAGCACCAGGCAACAAUACGGCUGGUUCUAAAUGGCGCUUGCUUUCUGGAGAAAAUAGAAUGAGGUCCCCACUGAUAUCAUCCCCUUUCAGCUUGAGGACAGAAGAAAGGGCUGCAAGAAGAAAGAAGAAACUUGAAGAAAAGUUCAAUGCUAAUGAAGCACAAAAAGUGCAGCUUCAAACCAAACUCAAGGAGAAGUCUGAAACUGAGAUUAUUAGAAAACUACGCCAAAGCUUUUGCUUCAAAGCGAGGCCACUACCUGAUUUUUAUAAGGAAAGGAAAACAUCAAAGUGUGAGACAAGAAAGGACCCACGAGCACAUUCAGAAGCACCUAAAGAUGGAAGGAAAUCCACUCCCAGUAUGGCAGAGAGCAAAACUUCUUUUCCUCCCAACAGACCUGUACUGAAAAACACUGGCACCAAGUAUUUCCACGGAAAGAGUGGUCGCACCUUGACUCAUCCUCUAACUUCAACUUCCACAAUGAUUUCAGCACAUGAGAAUACAUCACCGAAUAUUCAGCAUGGAUACCAGAAUGGUAGAAUCUUCAAAUAUUAACCAUGUUGAUCAUUUGUCAAAUUGCUUCUUCUAGCAGCGGGAAGAACAGUGUAACCUUGUAAAUGUAGCUUAACGGAGAUGGGGGGUUGUAUCACAUUACUUAGACCCCAAAGAUCUUAAGUAUGAUCCUUGUUGUAUUCCGGGUAUAUAGCAACAUUGGUCAUUAGUAGCCUUCUAACUGCUUUUUCCUUUUUGUUUCUACCCUCACCAUAUCUUUUUCUGGCCCCUCUACUAUUGAAAUGUGUUUCCCAUUUAUUACCAUUGUUGAGCGAAUUCUUUAUUUCGAAAUGUUUUGUAAGCCAUUUGGGCAUAGCUUACGUGAUGUUGUGGGUGAAAUGUAUUGGAUUUUUUUUGUAGAAGUCGUGCUCAAAUUGAAGCAAAAUCUUUUCCUUUCAAA